UUCUCCGACUCUCCAUCUACUUCACUAUAAGAAUUUGCCUCAUUAGUUGCUCUGAGGCAGAGAGAGAGAGAGAGGGAGAGAAGCGCCCAAAUUACAGUUCAGUAUGGUCUCAGCUUCAGCUGCCUCUGUCUCUGUUUGUCUUAUUCUUCUUCUUUUAGGGAGCUUGAUGGGGCCAGUCAUGGCGGAAGUGUACUUCUCCUCCCUUCCCCGGAAUCUUAUAGUCUCUGCUUCUCCAAAGCCAGGCCAAGUGCUGGAAGCUGGUGUGGACAACAUCACCAUAACAUGGGGGCUAAACCAAACCCUCCCUCCGAACACCGCCGCCGCCUACAAGAACGUGAAGGUCCGACUUUGCUACGCGCCGAACAGCCAGGCCGACCGCGGGUGGCGAAAGACGACUGACGAUUUAAAGAAGGAUAAGACUUGCCAGUUCGGCAUUACUCAACAACCCUACAGCGAAGUCAACUCCACGUUCGUCUAUGGCGUGGAGCGCAGUAUCCCUUCGGCCACCUACUUCAUCCGAGUCUACGCCGUUGACUCUUCUGGUGCGGUGGUGGCGUACGGUCAGACCACCGAUGCGAAGAAGAAGGCCGACUUAUUUGAUGUCGUCGGCAUCACGGGUCGGCAUGCGUCGCUGGAUGUUGCCGCGGCAUGCUUCUCGGCUUUCUCUGUGUUUUCGCUUGUUUUCUUUUUAGUGCUUGAGAGGAAGAAGACGAAGAAAUAGAUGUUGUAUGAAGGCUCUCUUUUUUUUUUUGUUUAUUUAAUAUAAAUGGGUGGCUUUGAUACAUACAAGAUCAUAGUGUUCAUUUGGAGAAACUAUUAUGUGCGGAGAUCAUACGCAAAAUGUCAUACAGAGAUCAACUAGAAUGUUUCACGUCGAUGGUACCGAGCCGCAGUAUCGAGUGCACGGGAGAUGUAAUUUAUUUUGGUUGGUCU